ACUGUGCUACACCAGUGUACAAGACCGGUCCCUGCGCUGCGAGCUUCUCCACUGCAAAGCCUCACCUCUCAGCCUCUUUUCGCGCCUCACUCGUCGCAUUCUUUCGUGAUCAGCACAAGGACGUUUGUGCGCCGCAAACAUGUCCGAUGCGGGGAAGCAGAAGGGGAUGAAAAAGCUCUUUCACCCUUUCAACCACAAGGCCAGCGAGAAACUCCAGGAUUUGCAGGAGAAGCUCGAGCAUACUAAGCUGAGGGAUGCGCAUAUCAGGGCUGUGCACGUCAGUCAUAAAGUCGGCAAGUUCAAGAACUUGUUCAACACCAAUCAUCGCCAUGACGAGGAACAUGAGCAGGCCACGGAUGCAAAGCGCACCCGUGUUGGAGAGAACCAUCGAUUCCACUCAUUUGCACCCGAAAGAGAAGGCAACCUGGUGAAGUGGUACGUUGAUGGCCGGGAUUACUUCUGGGCUGUUGCCGAGGCGUUGGAGAAGGCGCAAGAGACCAUCUACAUCGCAGAUUGGUGGUUAUCGCCUGAGCUCUUCCUCAAGCGCCCUCCUUUCUAUAACCAGAAAUGGCGAUUGGAUCAGGUCCUCAAGCGCCGAGCCCAGGCUGGUGUGAAGAUUUAUGUUUCCGUGUACAAGGAGGUCUCUGCUGCACUUACAUGCAAUAGUCAGCACACCAAGAAAGCCCUGAGUAGCCUCAUCAAAGAGGGUGAGCCAGGGUAUGGGAACAUCAAUGUGAUGAGGCAUCCAGAUCACAAUGUGUUCGAGAAUGCCUCCGACAUGACGUUCUACUGGGCGCAUCACGAGAAGUUCAUUGUCAUUGAUUAUGCGAUGGCUUUCAUCGGGGGACUGGACUUGUGUUACGGACGAUGGGACAACAAGCAGCAUCCGCUGGCGGAUGUGCAUCCCUCCGGAAUUCAGAACCAGAUCUUCCCGGGUCAGGACUUCAACAACAACCGCAUCUUGGACUUCGAGGGUGUAGAGGACUGGAAGUCGAACAAGCUUAACAAGCUCGAGUACGGUCGCAUGCCAUGGCACGAUGUCGCUAUGGGCGUCAUUGGCCCGGCUGUGUAUGAUAUCGCCGAACACUUCGCCCUCCGCUGGAACUUCGUGAAGCGUGACAAGUACAAGCGCGACGAGCGAUACGACUGGAUUACCAUGGAAGGACGAGAAGGCGAGGACGAAGAUCUUAUCGGAGUACAAAGACCAAAAUUCCCUGUCGGUGACUAUGUACAUCACCCAAAGACGCCACUCUCCCAGAAGAAUCUGGACAACCGCGGCACAGUACAUGCGCAGCUGGUACGAAGUAGCUGCGACUGGAGCAUGGGAAUCUUGCCCGAGGAACACAGCAUUCAGAAUGCCUACAUCGGACUCAUCCGGAACGCAAAGCACUAUGUGUACAUCGAGAACCAGUUCUUCAUCACAAAUACACGGAAAGAUGACAGUAGUCCUGUCCACAACCAAAUAGGAGCUGCUAUUGUCGAGGCUGUCGUGAAUGCCGGAAAGGAAGGUCGCAAGUUCCGAGUCAUUAUCAUCAUCCCAGCAAUUCCAGGUUUCGCAGGCGAUCUCAGAGACAACGCCGCUGCUGGAACUCGUGCGAUCAUGGACUACCAAUUCAAGAGUAUCUGCCGUGGCGAGGACAGCAUAUUUGAGCGCGUCAAGGCGCAAGGUGUCGACCCCAACGAGCACAUCUUCUUCUUCAACCUUCGGUCGUACGAUCGCAUCAACGUCACUCCCACACUUAAGAAGCGUGAAGAGGAGUCAGGAACGUCGUACAUGGACCUUGAGCAGGCCGAAAUCGAGGAAUUGGAAGCACCACUUGAGGACGGUGAAGAGGCACGUGCAAAGGCUGCGGAACUGAGGAAGAAGUUUAUGGGUGAAGAGGCAGACGUCGGAAAGGGCGAUCAAGGUGGCAUAAUCGAUCCCGAUUCGAUAGCAGACGACGCCAUGCUGAACGACAAGAAACCCAGCACCGAGGAGUGGGAAGGCGACCCAGAAGACGAAAAGAAGUACUUUUUCCAAGAAGAACUCUACAUCCACGCCAAGCUCUGCAUUGUCGACGACAAAUACGUCAUCUGCGGCUCCUCCAACAUCAACGACCGCUCGCAACUCGGCCUCCACGACUCUGAGCUCUCGAUCGUCCUGCAAGAUAGGGACGAGAUCGACACCGAAAUGGACGGCAAGCCCUACAAAGCCGCCCGCCUCGCGCACGAUCUGCGGUCCAACCUCUGGCGCGAACACCUCGGUCUCCUUCCCCUACAAGCCCUCGACGCCUCCGACGACCCUAAUGCGCAACCCCCCGGCGAAAACUCCCCCAACGACCCCCAACCCGGGCCCGAAGCAGAUUUCGUCUCCGACCCGCUCUCCCCCAAGCUCUGGGACGAGUGGUGCAAUCGCGCCUCCACUAAUACAGAAGUCUUCCGCACGCUCUUCCACGCGGAUCCUGACGACAACAUCCUCACCUUCGAGGACUACGAUAACUUUACGCCGAACCCGAAGAAUGACAAGGAGCACAAGCAAGGCCAUUUGUACGAUAUGGUCAGACCGGUGGCGGAGAUUAGGCAGGAGUUGGAUCGAAUCAAGGGGCAUUUGGUCUGGAUGCAGUUGAAGUUUAUGGAGAAGGCGGAUUUGGCGGAGAGGGGGUUGCAGGUCAACGCCUUCACUGAGUCUGUCUACACCUAGUAUUGUGUUGUAGAUGCAAUUCUGUUUGGGUGUUGUUGGGUUAUGGGUUUGUUUGUAUGUGAGGAUGAUGUCAUGCGCGACGAUGGAGCUUUGGGUGGGUUGGGUUUUGUGUUGUGCUCUCACCAAUGCUUCGGCAUCUUUCUUGUUAUCGUUAUCAAU